CAACAACACAUAACAAUAAUAAUCAACAAUGUCUGGUGGUAAAUCUGGUGGAAAGUCUGCUUCUGGCUCCAAGUCUCAAACUCGUUCUUCCAAGGCUGGUCUUCAGUUCCCCGUUGGUCGUAUCCACCGUCUUUUGCGUCGUGGUAACUAUGCCCAACGUGUGGGUGCUGGUGCUCCUGUCUACUUGGCUGCCGUCCUCGAAUAUCUCGCUGCUGAAAUUCUCGAAUUAGCUGGUAAUGCUGCUCGUGAUAACAAGAAGUCUCGUAUCAUCCCCCGUCACUUGCAAUUAGCCAUCCGUAACGAUGAAGAAUUAAACAAACUUCUCGGUCAUGUUACCAUUGCUCAAGGUGGUGUCCUUCCCAACAUUCACGCUUCCUUGUUGCCUACCAAGACCAAGAAGGCCGGUGCUUCUCAAGAACUUUAAAUCUAGAACGACGAAUAACCCAGAAAACAAACACAUCUGUUACCAUUUGCACGCACGCUAAUUCUAUACAACCAACAUCAACCACAGCCAAAUAACUUAUAUAUUCCUAUAUAUUUCACACCUUACUUCAUCCUAUGUUAAUUUGGAUAUGAUUACCCCUUUUUCCGUUUUUAAGAGUAAAAACUCUCUAUUUUAUUGAUUUCCUUUGUACAUAUUCUCUACUUGUUUUUUUUUUCCUAAUACUGGUCAUAAUAUAAUAAACCGUUUUGAUAGUCAUUUGCAAUAUGUUUAUUAUAUCGAAAAAACAAAAACAAACGAGAUAUAUUAUUGCUAUUCAUCAUUCAUAGUAGUAGUAGUAGUAGUAGUAGUAGUAGUAGUAGCGGUGGUGGUAAUAGUAGGAUUGGGUAUAUGAAUUACAUUUUUCUCCAAAUUGAACCUGAC